AAAACCAUGCGCUUGUACACAACGGACGCUGAACUCCAAAGUACCACUGUCAUCCCUCGGACACCUGCCCACAGAUUUAUUCUCUCCUGGCAAUGUGGUGCAGUCGUAUGGCACUGCGUCGGCUCCAGCGGAUCACUCCACUGAAUGUCACUGGGGUUCUAACAAGCAACGUGCGGAGAGAGAUGUCGUCCCUGCCACGGGUGUAUGUCACCAGACAGAUCCCGCCCGAGGGUCUCAAGACCCUCCGGGAGUCUGGACAAGUGCAGUGUCAACUGUGGGACUCAGACGACGUCCCUGUCCCCAGGCAGGAGCUGCUUCAGAGGGUCAAAGGUGUUGAUGCUCUGCUCUGUGUGCUGACCGAGAAGAUUGAUGCAGAAUUGUUGGACGCCGCAGGUCCAAACCUGAAGGUCCUUAGUACCAUGUCAGUGGGUUUCGACCAUCUCUCUCUGGAGGAGCUGAAGAAAAGAGGAAUCCGCGUAGGUUAUACUCCUGAUGUCCUGACAGAUUCUGUCGCUGAACUGACUGUAGCUCUGCUGCUCACGACCUCCAGGAGGCUCGUAGAGGCCACGCAUGAAGCCAAAACCGGUGGCUGGGGCACAUGGAGAACCCUGUGGCUGUGUGGAUAUGAGUUGGCCAACAGCACUGUGGGUAUUUUUGGCCUGGGGAGGAUCGGUGUCGCUAUCGCCGAGCGUCUGGCGCCUUUCAAAGUGAAGAAGUUCAUAUACACGGACGUGGCCCCCAGGCCUGAGCUGGCCAGUUUGAUCAAUGCAGAGUAUGUCUCCUUCGAUGAGAUGGCAAAGCGGUCGGAUUUUCUGGCUGUGUGCUGCGCCUUAACACCAGAGACAAAAGAGAUCUGCAACAAGGACCUCUUCUCCAAGAUGAAAAACACAUCCAUCUUCAUCAACACAAGCAGAGGUGGAGUAGUGAACCAGGACGACCUGUACGAGGCUCUAUCCACCGGGCAGAUAGCAGGAGCUGGAUUAGAUGUCACUGUGCCUGAGCCCCUCCCCACAAACCACCCACUUUUUACUCUCAAAAACUGCGUGAUUCUACCACACAUUGCUAGUGCCUCCUUUACCACCCGUAAUGCCAUGUCUGUCCUGGCAGCCAAAAACCUCCUCCUUGGUCUGCGGGGUGAGCCCAUGAUCAAAGAGCUCAAGCUGUGAGAGGAAAGUGGUUCCACUCAUCGAACCGGCUGAUUAGUCCAACUACCUAGUUAUUUUUAGAGGAAAAUAAAACCAGUGCUUGUUGUUUUUAA